AUGAGGUUUCUCGCCAUAUUCUUCUUCGUCGUUUGUAUUUUCCAACAAGGAAAUGGAGCAUUGUAUCAAUGCAAUGCAAGUGCUGCAUGCGGAUGCUCAAACCCGUCUACUCUUUUAACACGUAUUGUAGGUGGUGAAAAUGCUGUGACGAAUUCUUGGUCAUGGACGAUUUCUCUUCGUUACGGUGGAUCACACUUUUGCGGAGGAUCGAUUCUUUCAUCAUCUUUCAUUAUUACUGCUGCUCAUUGUAUUGAUGGUAUCACGAAUUUAGUAGGAUAUAGCAUUUUGGCAGGAUCUAUAUAUUUAAAUUCUUUGUUGAGUGCUUCAUCUCAAAUUCGUUCUAUAGCUGCAAUUUAUGAGCAUCCUUAUUAUGAUGAUAGAAGUAUGACUAAUGAUGUGGCUCUCCUUCUUUUAUCUACUCCACUUAAUAUGACAAAUCGAAAUUUGAAACCAAUCUGUUUACCAUCUGGUACUGUGGCUCAACCACCGGACAAUAUUGAUAUGGUUGCUGUUGGAUGGGGUACAACAUCAUCAGGAUCAAAUACAGUAUCUCAGGAUCUUCUUCAAGUCACUUUACAAUCCAUACCAAGUGCAUCCAGCAGUUGCCAACCGUAUAUUUACGACAGCCAAAAACAAUUUUGCGCAGGAGUACCAGCUGGUGGUAAAGAUACGUGUCAGGGUGAUAGUGGUGGACCACUAAUGGCAUUCGUUAAUAAUUUGUGGCAACUUGAUGGUCUUACAUCCUAUGGGCAUGGAUGUGCAUAUCCUAACGUUGCAGGAGUCUACACUCGCGUUAGUAACUAUAUAAAUUGGAUUCAAACUACUAUGUCAACCAAUGCGAUUACAGUAACCACGACUACCACUACUGCCAGACCAACGCCGAUAAUAACGACCACAAAAAGAACAACAACAACGACCGCAAAAAGAACAACAACAACGACCGCAAAAAGAACAACAACAACCGCCACAAAACGAACAACAACAAUAACCACCACAAGAAGGCCAACGACAACCGCUAAUGCCCACAGAAAUAGCCUACCAAAUAGAGUUGUUGAAUUCCUUCUCCAAAUUCUAUUUCAUGGGUUUUUGAAUACGUGGCUAUUCUGUCUAAUAACGAUUUUUGUAUCUUGGUCUUAUGAACAAUUCGGUGUUCAAACAGGUCUAAUCUACGGUAGCUAUCAUUAUACAAAAUAUUUGGGUAUUAAAGUUGGUGAUGUACCAAUAUUGAUUCCAAUAGCCUGGUACAUGAUGAUUUAUCCCAGUUACAUCAUCAGCAAUCUUAUUCUUGUUGGGCGACCUAUCGUAUCGAAUCGAGGGAAACAUCUGUCUCUGUCUUUAGUGGGAUCAUUAGUUAUGACAGCAUGGGAUCUUGUUCUUGAUCCUUAUCUGUCAGGUCCGACCGUGAGAGCUUGGGUUUGGCACGCUGGUGGCAUUUAUUUUGGAAUUCCUCUUCAGAACUUCUUCGGUUGGAUCUUAACGACUUUGACAAUUCAUAUGAUGUAUCGAUUUUAUGAGAGCCCUAUCAUUAUGGGAUCGAAAUACCGAGCUCGUAAAAGUUACCCGCUGAUAUUGCCUGUAUUAGGAUAUAGUGCAAUGUGUAUUGUACAUUUGAUUCCUGGUGAACCAAAAGAACUUCGUAUGAUUGGUCCCGUAAUAAUGGGAAUACCAGUGAUUCUUGCUUUGAGACGUUUUAUGCGAAAUCCCUGA